AUGAAAUUGUUAGGAUUUGAAGACAAAGUACAGAAAUUUGAGGAUUUUAUUAAUGGAAUUAAGGCACGAGAAGCCAAGGAAAAGGAGAAACGCGAUGAAUUGUUUGCCGCAGAGUUAGAGAAAGCUAAAAACUUUCAAGAAUUCAUGAAAGAGCUAAAUUCGAAAGAGGAAAAAGAAACAGAAGAACGAUCUAAGUUGUUUGCCGCAGAGUUACACAAACUAGAGCAAUACAAUAAAGAGAAUGCGAAAGAAGUCAAACGACAGAAAAAUGUGACGUCAGAAAUGCUUGAAAGUGUGGCGAAUUCUAAGAUGGAGUUUGAAAAUGUUCAUAAACAAAUAAAUGAGAGAAUGAAAGGAAAAGUUGUGGCUUUCACAGUGACCACACCUAAGAUGGGUGCUACAUCAUCAUCUAUGUCUUUUGAAACUGUCAUUACAAACGACGGGAACGGGUUUGAUACAUCGACUGGCAAGUUCACAUGUCCUGUUAGCGGGCUUUACUACUUUUCUUUACACAUCAUUAAAAAACGGGCAUCCGAUGCCGACACUGCUGGAUGUAACAUUUAUCUGAACGGAUCAAGUAAAGUGAGAGCUUAUAUAGAUCCACAGGACGGAACAAAUGGUGCGGACAGCGGAAGUUACGGAGUUUCGACAUCGGUGUAUUUAAAUCUGAAUGUUGGGGAUGUAGUGACCAUUGAGAACUGUAGUGGAACCAUACCAGACCGAGUUGAAUCGUGGACGACAUUCAGUGGUUAUUUAGAAAGACAAAUUUAA